CAGCACAUCAUCAUCCUGAACCGGCGCGGCAGCGAAGCGGCGGGGAUGUGGCACGCGUUGCUUGCGUGUGUCGUUAUCCUUGCGCUGCGGACUUCGCAUGUCGGCAGCACGAUGCAGUUUGACUUAGGCAAGCGGUACGGACUCGGCAUCUCGAAUCCAAAUGCUCCCAUGCACGAAGGAGCACUUCGCCAGAUUAUGAACGGCGUGCGGCAAGAACGUCCAGGUGCGCUCGUCGUCUCGAGUUCAACAAGAUAGCCGAUGAUGACGACGAAAUCGACGCUAGAUGCGAUGUACUUGUUUGGACUCAUGCAGUUCUACGGCCACGGCGUCGCCCAAGACAAGGAUGCCGGAGUGCGAUUCUUCAGGAAAGCCGCGGCAGAUCGCCACGUGGACGCGCAAUUUGCGCUAGGGCUCUUGCAUUACAAAGGUGGUGACGGUGUCGUCCAAGACGAUUCGAUGGCAUAUUCGUUUCUCAAACCUGCCGCCGACAAAGGUCACGCAGAUAGCCAGUGGCUCCUUGGCACGAUGCUUCGCGAUGGCCGUGGCCCGAGGUCGUCUGCUGCCGAUUCCAUGGCGUUUGAGCUCAUUCGAGAUUCCGCCGCCCAAGGCAACCCACACGGCCAAUUCCACCUCGGCGUGUACUACGAGUAUGGAACCCGCCACGUCGCACAGAAUCUCACUGCCGCCGCGCAAUUGUACGCGCUGGCUUCCGCUCAGGUGGGGGGUCCCUGCUCUAUCCUAGAGACAUGUCACAAUCGAUAUCUUUGGGUGCAGCAUGUCCCUGAUGCUGCAUUCUACUUGGGACUCAUGCAUGCGUACGGUCGUGGAGUCCGCCAGGACGUGGAGCAAGCGGUUGGUCUCUUCAACAAGGCGGCGUCAAUGCAACAUGGGCCCGCCAUGUACUACCUCGGACUCAUGCACGUCCACGGCGACGGCGGCCUGUCGGUUGACUACACCCGAGGGCUGUACUGGUUUGACAUGGCGUUGGCGACGAAAGACAAAUCGAUUGCAGAGAAUGUCCAACACGCCCGCGACGAACUCGCUGCGCUCGUCGCACAAGCGUCAGCCCAUCGCGCCGCGGUCUUGGCAGGUCGAUGACUUGUGAUGGCAGAGACCUCAUUACCAUGGCGUGACACUCUGUUGAGGAUUAAGAACAGGGGAGGUGCUUUCGAACAACCGACAGCAUCGCCGUGAGUUCAGCAACGUCUGAGAGCGCAGGGUCGUGAGCGGGCACAUGCAAGGACAGCGCCGCCUUGGCACGUGCGAGCGGCGACGCCACAGCGUCCAACUGGCCCGCGUGAUACAGCAGCUACGAUGAACAACACACGAUGGCGGCGUUAGGAAAAAUAGCCCUCUUCCACAUACAGCAUGUCUUCACCAA